AUGAUAGGGUUGGUUUGGUGGGAAGAGGGCGGGAAUUGUGGGGACGUUGAGUUUGGUGGAGUGGGAGGUGGAGGUGGGGUGAGUUGGGUUGGUGGAGAGGGAGGGGUGCUCUGGGCCGCGGGCAUGUCGGAGGGGGGAUUUUGGUUUUGGUGCGCAGAGGGAGGGGAGGAGGGAGGGGUGAGGGGGGUCGGGGAGAGUGGUUUGGGUGCUGAAACAGAGGGGAAAGGAGGGAUGGUUUGGUGGAAGAGAGGGAGGGGAGGUCGGGAGUGGUUUUGGGUGUGGGGAAAGAAGAGGAUGGGGGAGGUGGGGUACGAUAGUUGGUUUUGGUGUGAGAUCACGGAAGAGGGGGAGGGGGGAGGUGUUGGGUGUGGUUUGUGGUGGAGAGGGGAGGGGAGGGGGGAGAGCUGGUUUGGUGGAGACGGUGAGGGGAGGGGGUGGUUUGUGGAGGAGGAAGGGGGAGGGGGGAGUUGGUGUUUUGUGGUGGAGAGGGAGGGAUGGUUGGGGAGUGGUUUAGGUGGGAGGGAGGUGGGAUGGGGGGAUUGGUUUGUGUGGAAGAGGGGAGGGGGGGGAGGUGGGAAAGGGACUUUGGGAGUUGGUUUUUGGUUUGGAAGAGUGGAGGGGAGGGGGGAAUGCCGUGUGGUUUCGGUGUACGGAGGGAGGGGAGGAGAGGGGUGUGAGUGGUGUGGCGCGGUGUGCGGAGAAGACGUCUGGGGGGAAGUGGGUUUGGUGGGAGAGGGGGAGGUCGGGCAGGGGGGGACAGUGUGUGGUGGGUUUUCGGUUGGAGUGGGUGCGGAGAGCGGGGGGAGAUGGGGGUUAGAGGGCGGGCGAUGCGACUGGUUCGGUGGUUUUGAUGGAGAGGGGGGAUGGGUGGGGAGUUGGGGUUUUGGUUUUGGAAUGCUGUUGGGUGGGGAAGGGGGUUGUAAAGUUGGUUUGGGGUUGGAGAUUGGGGGCGAGACCGGGGGGGGGAGAAGUUAA